AUGGCUGAUUCGGAAAAUAAUAAAAUGAAUUCUGAAGUACAAAUUAAUAAUCCAUGUGUUGAGAGAUUGCAAACAGAGGCUCUCAACUGUUUAAAUGAAUUUCCAAAGAAAGUUAUAGAAUUAAAUAGUAUUAUUGAAACCUACACUCCACCGAAUAUUAAAUCUGGAGCUUCCAGGGGAAGUACAGCCCGCUUAUCGACAGCAGGGUCAGUAUCAUCGACUAUUGGAAAUUAUAAUUCGACUACAAGACCAGAAAUCGAUGUAACGAGUUAUUAUUCACUGUCGACUUAUGAUCAAAGACACACGAGGCGAGGAAUUCAUAAAAGAAAAAUCUACCGUUUGAAACGUUUCGAAGGAUCUAUGCUUCGUCGACGACCAGGACCUCUAGGUCAAUUACUGGCUUUUCUCGUGUCCAAACUUUCGACAUGCACAAAACAGUUAGUUGUGGGUCCAUCCUGCUAUGUCAUUGACAGAAUAAUGUCCACUAUAUUUCAUCAACGACAUUUAAAAAGCGUACAAUGUGGACCAUCAGCGGAUUGGAAUAGUUCAUUAACAACUUAUAUUACAACACGCAAGAAGGACAAUUCGGUGAUUGGAAAUCUAAUAAGUGUCAUGAGACCGGCAGCUGUGCAACUAAUUGCAGACACAACUGUGUUAAAACGUUGGCUUCAAGCAAUAUCAAUAAUGUCGCCGGUACCAGAAUUGUCACGAGAUUUACUACAAAUAACACGUUGUACGGAAACAAUCGAUUGCUGGGGUUACGAAUUAUAUUUUCAUCUCAAAUGCCUUCAAGUGACUCGCAUGAGAAAUAUCGACAGGUGUCAGAUUAUUAACGAAGAACAGGCAACAAAUGAAGAAAUAACGCACAUAAAUUUAUGGCAUCGUUUAAUUCAACUGCGCGAUAAUUAUAUUAUUUUAUACGAAUCACUUCACGAAGAAAAAAAAUUUCCUGAAACAAAACCACCCGUUGAGAAUCAAAAUUUACACACUUGA